AUGCAUUUGGGAGCCGAGAGGACAAGGCGAGCACGCAUCUCUCCCGCGGCACAAACGAAAGCUCUCCUUUUUAUUGCAACAUGUAUAGCUGUGGGUGUUGCACAAGUACCCAAACAAGCAAUAGAUGUUCUUCAUCAACUAGGCCUUGUGAAAGAUGUCCAAGAGCCAUCAGAGGCAGCAGUGCCCUCAACUUCCUCUCUGUUCCCUCGGGGUGUUCGUCUGACUGCGUCAGGAGUGGUGCUGAGUAAUGAUGCACACAUUGAGUGCCCCGUCUCUCAAGUCAUACCAUCGAACCUAGGGCAUCAGUUCACCUUAUUGGUUGGGUUGUACUCUUACAGAGCCAGUAAUGCUUUUCUGUUCAGUGUUAGGAGCAGAGGCAGACUGCAGUUUGGUGUCCAGCUGCUCCCGAGAAAGGUAGCGGUGUACACUGGAGGGAAGCAGCCCGUGUACUUUGAUUAUUGUGUUCAUAAUGAACAAUGGCAUUCAUUUGCCAUUGGCACUGGGGACAAGACUGUCUCGAUGUUUGCUGAGUGUGGAAACAAGUUCUACAGCAGUGAAGUGCUUUCUGAAGUGGAGACAUUUGGUUCAGAGGGUGUAUUUACCCUGGGAAGGAUGAACUCUCACUCUGUCAGCUUUGAAGGAGUUAUCUGUCAGCUCGAUAUCAUUCCCUCUGCAGAAGCCUCUGCAAACUAUUGUAAAUAUGUGAAACAGCAGUGUCGCCAGGCUGAGACCUAUCGAUCUCUGCGAGGGGCUCCACUUGGGUCAGAUGGGCUGGAUGUGUUUUCAAAGAUGAUCAUUGAUGAGGAAAACCAGGAAGAUAUAUCAGCUUAUAGAUGGAAAGAAUUGUCAAACGUGCCUAUUGCCAACGGUGCUCAGAUUCAGUUUCUACCAGACCGCUUUGAGUUAAGAAAUACCUCUGCAUGGGAGUUUGCAGAGACCAAACCUCUGUUGCUGGAAGCUUGGCCUCAAACAGAACUCCAGGAGAACAUCCAUCUGGCUCUUCAGCAGCAGGAGAUGAGCAGAAAAAGAAACAUCACUAAAACUCCUGCAGGAUCAUAUCCAAGUAGUUCAGCUAAUACCACAGAAGAUGCAGGCAGACAUAGUGAGCCUUCUCUGAUCCCCCCUGUAAAACAGAGUAAAACUAAGAGCAAGGGAAUGGAAAAAGCAAAACAGCAUUUAGAUGAGCCAAGCAAAAAGCAGCAAAUCCUCACCACAACCCUGUACAGUUUGCCUGCUGAGCUCCCUCUGGAUAAUCAACCACGUCUAGGGCAGGAAGGUGCACUUGAUGCUGAUGAGACUUAUCAUACAGAAAACAGUUAUGAAAAUGGUAUUGAUAAUUAUGCUUAUGACUAUGAAGAUCUUGGCAAAAUGUUUGAAAGGGGAAGUGUCAGAGGUCCAAAGGGGGAAACUGGACCUCCUGGUCCUCCAGGUCCUCCAGGUUUACCUGGUCCUUCAGGGAAGAGAGGUCCUCGGGGUGUUCCAGGACCACAUGGUAACCCAGGUUUGCCAGGAUUGCCAGGUCCCAAGGGCCCUAAAGGAGACCCAGGAGUCUCUCCAGGACGGGCAAAAUGUGGAGAAAAGGGUGAUCCAGGCCCCAUGGGGUUUCCAGGCCCACCUGGGAUCAAAGGUCAGAAGGGUCUUAAGGGUUACCCAGGACUGCAAGGGCCACGGGGUGAGCAGGGAAUUCCAGGAAUGGCUGGCAGUAUUGGGGCAGUUGGUUACCCUGGCAGGCAGGGCCUAGCUGGGCCAGAAGGUAACCCAGGUCCUAAAGGAAUAAGAGGUUUCAUUGGACCUCCAGGUGUGGCAGGACAACCAGGACCUGAAGGAGAAAGGGGUAUCCCAGGCCUCCGUGGAAAAAGAGGUCCUAAAGGGAGACAGGGUUUUCCAGGUGACUUUGGAAAUAGAGGCCCCCCUGGUCCAGAUGGAAGUCCUGGAAUUGUUGGUGGUGUUGGUCCUCCUGGAUUUCCAGGACUAAGAGGAGACAUUGGGCCAGCAGGACCAAGUGGACCAUCAGGAAUUCCAGGGCCCACGGGUUUCCCGGGGAGUAUGGGACAGUCUGGAAUGAAAGGUGAUAAGGGUGAAAAUGGCCUUGCAGGAGAGCCAGGAGAUCAAGGGUACCCAGGAGACAAGGGUUCUCUUGGUUUACCAGGACCCCCAGGGAUCAGAGGAAAACCAGGACCUCCAGGGAAAAUUGGAGAACCUGGACCCCAUGGACCAUUGGGUCCUCAGGGACCUGAGGGUUUUCCUGGAGAUAUUGGUGUACCUGGAUUAAAUGGCCCUCAAGGUCCUAAGGGAGCUCUGGGUGACCGAGGGCUUCCAGGGCCACAGGGUCCCAAAGGAGUUGAGGGAGAAGUAGGACCAGCUGGACCUAUUGGAGGAGUUGGCCCAAGAGGAAAGCCAGGGCAGAAAGGUUAUGUAGGUGAUUCUGGACCAGAAGGUUUAAAGGGAGAACAAGGAGACCAAGGAAACCUUGGAAAAACUGGUGAAGCAGGAUCAGCUGGCUUGCCUGGAGAAGCUGGGCCAUCUGGAAGCCUUGGUGAAAAGGGAGAGCGAGGCAGUCCAGGACCUGUAGGUCCUCCCGGAGAAAAAGGUGUCAUGGGCUAUCCAGGACCUCCAGGAGGCUCUGGACCUGUGGGGCCACAAGGAUUACCUGGACCUUCAGGGGCACGGGGACCAUCAGGGCCACAGGGACCUAAGGGAAGAAGAGGGCCAAGAGGUCUCGAUGGUCCUCCAGGAGAACUGGGAACAGAAGGUAUUAAGGGAGAAAGAGGUGAUCCAGGAAAGAAAGGAGUUCCUGGGCUCAUUGGUAAAGCUGGAAACCCAGGAGAAAGAGGAGAUCAGGGUGCACUUGGUUUGCUUGGGCCUCCAGGAACCACAGGAGACAGGGGACCAAUGGGAGAGCCAGGUCCAAGAGGACAACCAGGAGAUGCUGGCCCUAUUGGAGAAACGGGUUUUGAGGGACCUCCUGGCCCUGAAGGAGAACCUGGUCUGCAGGGGGAACCAGGCACAAAGGGAGACGUUGGACCUGCUGGGAAGGCUGGAGAACCAGGUGACCAAGGUUUAAGGGGUGAACCAGGGCCUCCAGGAGAAGAUGGUGUUCAAGGAAAAGAUGGCCCAAAGGGAGACCCUGGAGACCAGGGACUUGUUGGAGAAGGUGGUGAAAAAGGAGAGAUGGGAUUACCAGGAGAUUCUGGGCCCCCUGGUGAGCCUGGUAUAAUGGGAAUUCCUGGUCCUGAAGGAACACCAGGAAAUCCAGGCCAGAGGGGCCGUUCAGGAAAGAAGGGGGAAAAGGGGCAGCUUGGCCCUCCAGGAGAAACUGGACCUGCUGGUGAUUCUGGCCAGCCUGGAAAAACUGGUCCCAAAGGUGCAAGAGGAACUCGAGGUCCCGUGGGACACCUAGGAGGAAUGGGACCCGAAGGAGAGCCAGGAAUUCCAGGUUAUGGGGGUCACCAGGGUCCUCCAGGGCCCUCAGGGCCCCCAGGCCCCAAAGGAGAAAAGGGUUACCCAGGCGAAGACAAUACAGUCCCUGGACUACCUGGGCCCAUAGGUGAACCAGGUCGAAGUGGUGAACGUGGAGAUAGAGGAGAGCCUGGUGAUGAGGGCUACAAGGGUCAUAUAGGUCUUCCAGGGCUUAGAGGACCUGUUGGACAACAAGGGCCUCCAGGAGAGCCAGGUGAAUUGGGAGAGCAAGGACCAAAAGGAGAAAGAGGUUCAGAAGGGCCCACAGGGAAGAAAGGAGCAACAGGUCAAGCAGGCAAGGCUGGAAUUCCUGGAAAACCAGGGCCACCAGGGCAGAAAGGAGCAGUUGGGUACCCUGGACCAGAAGGCAUUCCUGGGAAUCCUGGCAAGACUGGGCUGUCAGGGGAGCCUGGCCCUAAGGGCAAUAAAGGAAACUCAGGCUUACCAGGUCUAGCAGGUUAUCCUGGAGCUCGAGGUCCCAAGGGAUUGCCAGGCAUGCCAGGGCCCAUGGGAGCACCUGGACUAAAGGGUGAGAAAGGGCUUCUAGGUCAUCCAGGAAAGCGAGGCAAAAGAGGCCUGCCAGGAUCACAGGGUGACCAAGGAGCAGCAGGAGACACUGGACUGAAAGGACAGAUUGGAGAAGAUGGAGAUCAAGGUUUAAUGGGGUUUCAAGGAUUCCCAGGUCCAAAAGGUCCUGCAGGGGACAUUGGCUUAGUUGGAAUUCUGGGCCCCAAAGGUCCAACAGGCCAAGCUGGAUAUAUUGGCCCUGUUGGUCAAGAAGGCAUAGCAGGCCCAACUGGCAGGCCUGGACCAAGAGGUGAAAAGGGCACGAGGGGUGAAAUGGGGCCUCAGGGAAGGCAAGGUCAGCCUGGACCACCUGGACCACCUGGACCGCCAGGACCAAGGAAACAAGUGGAUCUCAAUGCUGCUGUUCAGGCUUUGUUUGAGUCCAAUGCUGCCUUGCAGAUGGAGAAAUACCAGAAUACUGAAGUCACUUUACUAGAUCACAGUACAGAGAUAUUCAAAACACUCCACUACCUUAGCAAUUUACUGCACAGCAUCAAGAACCCUCUUGGCACACGGGACAACCCAGCACGCAUCUGCAGGGAUUUGCUGAAUUGUGAGCGUAAAGUGUCAGAUGGAAAAUACUGGAUUGACCCAAAUAUUGGAUGUCCUUCUGAUGCCAUUGAAGUUUUUUGUAACUUCACUGCAGGUGGUCAGACAUGUUUAACACCACUGUCUGUGACAAAGCUGGAGUUCGGUGUUGGAAAAGUGCAGAUGAACUUCCUUCAUUUACUGAGCUCAGAAGCAACCCACAGCAUCACAGUCCAUUGUCUAAACACCCCGAUGUGGGGAUUAAGUAAAGCAGGUGGCCGGAAGACAUCAGUUACCUUCAAAGGAUGGAAUGGUCAAAUAUUUAAAGCAAAUACGCUACUUGAACCUAAAGUGCUCCUGGAUGAAUGCAUGAUUGAAGAUGGCAGCUGGCGUAAGACACAGUUCUUUUUUCACACUCAGGACACGAAUCAGCUUCCAGUUGUUCAAGUUAAUGCACUUCCUCACCUCAAACCAGGACAGCAGCACUUCAUAGAAAGUGGCUCUGUAUGCUUCCUUUAAGACUUCUGUCCUAGGUUUCUUGUUACAUCAACAUGGAGUAGCUGCACAGAUUGAAUACAAAAGUAAUGAUCCAUUGCAGGCAAAAUUACUAGGAAACUGAAGAAUAAUUUCAUGUGGUGUUGGUUAAAGAACCUCAGGAAGAAAAAGACUUCCUCCUAAGGAGAAAUGGCAUU